AUGGGUAAAGAGAAGUUUCACAUCAACAUUGUGGUCAUUGGCCACGUCGACUCUGGAAAGUCGACCACCACUGGUCACUUGAUCUACAAGCUUGGUGGUAUUGACAAGCGUGUUAUUGAGAGGUUCGAGAAGGAAGCUGCUGAGAUGAACAAGAGGUCAUUCAAGUAUGCCUGGGUGCUUGACAAGCUUAAGGCUGAACGUGAGCGUGGUAUCACCAUUGAUAUUGCCUUGUGGAAGUUUGAGACCACCAAGUACUACUGCACUGUGAUUGAUGCCCCCGGACACAGGGACUUUAUCAAGAACAUGAUCACUGGUACUUCCCAGGCUGAUUGUGCUGUUCUUAUUAUUGACUCCACCACUGGUGGUUUUGAAGCUGGUAUUUCCAAGGAUGCAAAUGAUUUGCUGCUGCAACAAGGUUUGCUUUUAUGGGUUGUAUGA